AUGGCCUGUAUUCCUCAUAAAUAUGAAUAUUUUCAAGCCCAACAGCCCAAAACUCAGGAGAGUGAACUGAAAAUGAGCACUACGUUGUCAGACACUGCUUCGCAAUUGACUACAGGCAUUCCGCUUUCUCUGGCAUCAUCUGGCGUAAACAAAAUGCUUCCUUCAGUUUCAACCACAGUUACUCAGGCUUCUUGUUCUGGUUGUAAAAAAAUCCUCCAAAAAGGACAAACUGCUUAUCAGAGAAAAGGAUCUACUCAGCUAUUCUGCUCCACACUGUGCAUCACUGAAUACAUUUCAUCAGCAAGUUUACCGGCUUCUUCCAAGAGAACUUGCUCAAACUGCUCCAAAGACAUCUUAAAUCCAAAGGAUGUGAUCAGUAUUCAGCUGGAAAAUACUUCUAGUAAAAAUUUUUGUAGCCAAUCUUGUCUUUCAUCAUAUGAAGAAAAAAGAAAACCAUUUGUUACCAUAUGUAGUAAUAGCAUUUUAACUAAAUGCAGCAUGUGUCAGAAGCCUACUGUUAUUCAGUAUGAAGUAAGAUACCAGAACGUGAAAUCCAGCCUCUGCAGUAAUAACUGCUUCUUAAAGUUUCACUCUGCUAACAACCUUGUCAUGAACUGUUGUGAGAACUGUGGGGUUUACUGUUACACGAACUCUAGUUCAUUCCACAUACUUCAGAUGGAAGGACAAUCUCAGUACUUUAAUAGUUCAAAGAAUGUAACAGCAUGCAAGCAGAAACCAGCCAAAAUACUUCCAUCUGUUCUUUUCAAAUCCCUGAAGCCCUCAGAUGAAAUUAUUGAGACUACCAAUGACUUUGGGAAGACAGAGCUUUUCUGCUCUAUUCAUUGUUUCUCUGCUUACAAUAAAGCUAAGAUGGAAUCUUCUGCAGUAAAUGUUCCCAUGGUACUAGAGGCUUCAACUGAACUUUCUCCAAAGACAGAUUCAACUCCAGUUAUAAGCAAUAUAGUGUCAUUGGCAGAUCCUCCUGGUGAACUGUCCAUUGUGAAUUCUGACAUCCUAGAUGGUACAGUUUCUCCAGUAACAUCAAAUGUCAUUGCAGAUAUUUCUAAGAAUUCACCCAGUGAAUCAAGUAGUGGUAUUGCUAACAGCAAUGUGGAACAGCCAAGCCUUUCACCAUCUUCAUCUGUACCCAGUCAGCAUACAGUUGGCUCUGAUAUGGAAGGACAAAAAGAUCAAGUGUCAAGCCAGGACCCUACAUACAAUUUGAAAUCCAUAAAAAUAAACGAUGGACUGUGUCAUCUACAGUUUACAUCCAAAGUACAAAAAGUUAAAGGGAAAUCACGAAGUAUUAAAAAAUCUUGCUAUUCAAAUCAAUAUUUGGAAAACAGUGGUAAAAAGGAUGUGACAUUCUGUUAUUCAUGUCAAUUGUUUUGCCAAAAAAUUUUUAGCUCUGGAAGAGAGUCAUUUACAACUCAAAGAAUUUCUAAUUGGAAAAAAACUAUGGAAAAAUUCAGAAAGCAUGAAAAAAGUGAGAUGCAUUUGAAGUCAUUGCAGUUUUGGAGGGAAUACCAGUUUACUGAUGAAGCUGUCAAUAAUAAUUUGUCUGUUCAUUCAAAAAAAAAUGAGGAAAACAAAGACUUCUUAAAAUUUAUCAUUGAAACUAUUUUGUUUCUUGGAAAGCAGUGUUUACCCUUCAGAAGAAAUGACCAAUCUGUUUCAUCUAUAAAUAAAGGCAAUUUUUUAGAAUUGUUAGAAAUCAGAGCAAAAGAUAAAGGAGAAGGAACAUUUCAACUUAUGAACUCACAAGUUGACUUCUACAAUAGCUCACAAGUUCAAACUGAAAUUAUUGAAAUAAUAAAGACUGUAAUGUUGCAAGAUAUUGUGAAUGAGAUCAAUGUCUCCUCAGCUUUUUCAGUGAUUUGUGACGAAAUAACUGAUAGUACCACUAAAGGACAAUUUUCAGUUUGCAUAAGGUACCCACAAAAAACAUCAAAGACUAUUUUAAUAAAAGAACGAUUUGUGGGUUUCAUUGAUAUUGAAGAGGUAACUGGGACUGACUUACAUAGGAUUAUUAAAACUUAUCUACAGCAAAUUGGAGUUGAUUUGAAAAACAUACGUGGCCAAGCCUAUGAUAGUACCAUUAAUUUGAGGGGAAAUUUUAAUGAAAUUGCAGCAGAGUUCAAGAAAGAAGAGCCAAGAGCUUUAUACUUACAUUGUUACGCACAUUUUUUGGAUUUAGCAGUCAUUAGGUUUUGUCAAGAAGUAAAGGAACUCCAAAGUACUUUAAAUACUCUCGAUACUUUGUUCAACACUAUUCGGAUGUCUGGGGAAAUAUUGGCAAAUUUACAGAAUAUUUGUAAACUAAGCCAAAACAAAACAUGCAAGAAACAUCUAUCACAGUCAUGUUGGACAGCUCAUGACCAUAUAUUAUUAUCUAUAAUUGAGGGUCUUCCAGAGAUUAUCAAAACAUUGGAAGCUAUAUCAAGCCAUUCUUCAAACAUAAAUUUAGCUGAUAAAUUGAGUAAUUUGUUGACAUUGAUUUCCAAAUUUGAAUUUAUCUUUUGUUUAAAAUUUCUUUAUCAAGUGCUGAGUGUUACAGAAAUCCUUUCCAAAGAACUUCAGAGUGAAACUAUGAACAUUUUUUCUUUGUCUUCAAAAAUAGAAACAAUCUUUGAAUGUUUAUCAUCUGAGAGAAAUGAUGUUUAUUUCAAAACCCUCUGGGAUGGAGCAGAGGAAAUAAGUCAGAAAAUCACCAGUAAAGGUUUUGAAGUUGAAAAACCUCUUCAAAAAAGAAGAAAAAUUCAGAAAACAAUAGAUCAUAGCAAUUCAGAUAGUAUGUUUCUUUCUACUUCAACUGAGGAACACUAUAAAAGUAAUAUUUAUUACCAAGGAUUGGAUACUCUAUUGCAGAAUUUAAAAUCAUGCUUUUCAGAGUUUGAUUAUGGCAAAAUACAGCAAAUUUCAGAGCUAUUGUUUAAAUGGAAUGAGCCAUUAAAUGAAGCAACUGCCAAACAUGUUCAAGAAUUUUAUAAACUUGAUACAGAUAUUGUACCAGAACUUAGGUUUUAUAGGCAUUAUGCAAAGCUCAACUUUUUCAUGGAUUGUGAUUGUGUCAACUUCAUAAAUCUUAGCUAUUUGUUUAUUCAGCAUGGGCUUUACAGUAAUGUCCCUGGCAUCUCUCAUCUAUUACAUAUUGCUUUGUCUUGGCCAAUUACUUCAGCAAAUGCUCAAAACUCAUUUUCUGCACUGCCUCGCCUGAAAGCAUACUUACAUCAUACCAUGGGGCAAGAGAGAUGUAGUGACAUGGCCUUGAUGGCAGUUGAGCAGGAAUUGGUAAACAAUCUGAUGGAGCCCGAAAGACUCAAUGGAAUUGUGGAAAAGUUUAUCAAUCAGAUGAAAUAA